AAUUUAACACUAAAGGUUUAAAAAAAAAAAAAAUUUAUAUGUAUCUCAGGGAUUGCAUUUCAAGAGGGUUGUUGAUAAAAUAUCUAACUGUAGAUGAAGUGAUUGAUUAUAUAAGAGAACAGCAUUUGUACCUGAACUCAGAGCUGGCAAGAGAUGCGCUGAAUGCAGAAGGCUAUUGUGUUAUUGGAGGUUAUAUGUCACCUGUUAAUGAUGCAUACAAGAAAAGGGGCCUUUUAUCUGCUGAACAUCGUCUACAGUUGUGUCAUCUGGCGAGCAAAAGUUCUGAAUUUGUAAUGGUUGACCCAUGGGAGGCAGGACAAAGUACCUUCCAACGCUCUUUAACUGUUUUAUCCAGAGUUAAGAGUAUUUUAUGCGAGAGUGGGCAGGUACCCAGAGAAUCCCUUAAGGUUAUGCUUGUCUGCGGUUCUGAUCUGCUCCAAUCUUUUGGCAUUCCUGGAGCCUGGAUUCCAGACCAAGUCAGGACCAUAUGCAGAGAUUAUGGUGUGGUUUGCAUUCGCAGAGAUGGACAAGAUGUUGAGAAAAUUAUCUCUGAUGAUGAAAUUUUGAAUGAAUUCAGGGAUAACAUUAAAGUUGUGGAUGAGCUUAUACCAAACCAAAUCAGCUCAACAAGAGUAAGGGACUGCAUUUCAAGAGGGUUGUCGAUAAAAUAUCUAACCGCAGAUGAAGUGAUUGAUUAUAUAAGAGAACAGUAUUUGUACCUGAACUCAGAUAAUAAGUGAUGAUCUCUUCAGCAUCAUAUUAUACUGUACAUAAUUGAUCAUCAUCUGUAAUAACCAUAGCAUAGGUUAUAUAGUGCCAUGUGCCUAAUUUAUUUUAUGAGAUAUGUAUUAUUUAUUCAAAUAAUUUAGUUUAGA